UAAAUAAAAACUUUACCAACCUCUCAUCAACUCUUGCCAUUCUUUCUCACUCCUGAAACUGAGGUUAGAGUUGAAGACGGAAGGAAAAUGGCCCAUUACCAUGACAACUAUGAAAAGGGGAUCGGACACCUCUGGAUUCCACGGGCACCUGCACAAACUCUCCCACAUGCACAGAGUCAAAACAAAGUAAAUGCUUAAAAUAGUUAUCAAGAGAACCAUGUGCCUGUCUGUCCUCGGGGUAACCAGAAUGACGAAGUGGAAUUUGUCAGAACUGGCUAUGGGAAGGACAUGGUCAAAGUUCUCCAUAUUCACAGGGAUGGAAAAUACCACAGCAUCAAAGAGGUGGCCACUUCGGUGCAGUUGACCCUGAGAUCCAAAAAGGAUUACCUACGUGGUGAUAACUCUGACAUCAUCCCUACAGACACCAUCAAGAACACAGUGCAUGUCCUGGCGAAGCUCAAAGGGAUAAAGAGCAUAGAGGCCUUUGCUAUGAACAUCUGUGAACACUUCCUUUCUUCUUUUAACCAUGUCACCCGAGCCCACGUCUAUGUAGAAGAGGUCCCCUGGAAGCGUUUGGAAAAGAAUGGAGUCAAGCAUGUCCACGCGUUCAUCCACACUCCCACAGGAACACACUUUUGCGAGGUGGAGCAGAUGAGGAAUGGACCUCCAGUCAUCCACUCUGGGAUCAAAGACCUCAAGGUCUUGAAAACAACCCAGUCGGGAUUUGAAGGAUUCAUCAAGGACCAGUUUACCACGCUCCCCGAGGUGAAGGACCGAUGUUUUGCCACUCAAGUCUACUGCAAGUGGCGCUACCAGAGAAGGGACGUGGACUUUGAGGCUACGUGGGGCACUGUCCGGGACAUCGUCCUGCAGAAAUUUGCUGGGCCCUACGACAAAGGCGAAUACUCACCUUCCGUGCAGAAGACACUCUAUGACAUACAAGUGCUGUCCCUGAACCAGGUUCCUGAGAUAGAGGAGAUGGAAAUCAGCCUCCCCAACAUCCACUACUUUAACAUCGACAUGUCCAAAAUGGGACUGAUCAACAAGGAAGAGGUUUUGCUGCCACUCGACAAUCCCUACGGCAAAAUUACUGGGACAGUCAAGAGGAAGCUGUCUUCAAGGCUGUGACAUUGUGGAUCCAGUCAGUUGUGAUGCUGGAGAUCACUGUGUGCUGACCUACAAGAAAAUUCAACUGAGGACUGAUUGCUUUCUUCUGUGUGAAACAAUUCUUUCUUUGUUCCUAGUUAAACAAGGCAUUUUGUGGAUCUCCGUGUUCCAGGUACAGCACGCUCCAUGGCUGUGGCAAGUUUCCUGAAAACUCUCUGGGCAGUGUUGGAAGAAUCACAGUGAUAAUUAUCCUUUCUGUUCUUUGUUCUGUCUGCCUUAGAGUCGGUCUUUAGAAUCAGAUCACUAAUAAAGUAAUCAUGAAACAGUGGUGGCACCACCUUGAUUGACUCGAGGAGCAAACGCUGUUGUCAGCCUACUGAGUCUGGGUAGUACAGAAAAUAUAACACAGUCACAUGAGAGGACACCAUGGUGACUUCAACUGACUGAACGUUUGUGGUCUUAGGAACUCUGGCAGGCAGACAGAAUGAAGCUCCUACCCUAGCUGAGGAGGUUCUGGCUUUCAGUUGCUGCUGGAAGAGGGACAUUAAACUUUGUUUAAGGGUGUGGCACCUACUACGUCAAUAGGACAGUUUCCGUGCCUAGAAGUAAUCAGAUAAACCCAAACUGGCCCCAAUGAGAGAAAGGGAGAGAGAGAGAGAAAGAGAGAGAGAGAGAGAGAGAGAGAGAGAGAGAGAGAGAGAGAGAGAGAGAA